UGCCACACUAUACACUCUUCUUCACUCUCCCUUUCCCUCACAAGCCCUCUUCUCUCCAAUGGCUUCCUCUCCAAAUUACCACGCCGCCGCUCUCUUCCUCCUCCUCGCCCUCUUCUCCACCGCCGCCCACGGCCGUGAGAGCCACUUUUUCAGCAAAGUCGCCGCCGACACAAACCCCACCCCCACCACCGUCACCAUUUCUCCCGACUCCAAAGCCACUCUCGCCGCCGCAAGUACCAACAACGGCCAGCAGUACCAGCAACAGCCUUCCUUCGUCCAGGAAAACGACAACAACGGCUACGGCAUCUACGGCCACCAAACCCCCGAAGAAACGACGUCGUUUGACCAGACCGCCGCCUCCACCAAGCUCACCUCUUCCCCGACCAACAGCUACAACGCCCAGACCAAUAGCGACGAGACUUUUCGCGACGACGUAAAUCCUAACGCCUUCAACAACGGACAGGAAGGAACGGCGUCGUUUGACCAGACCGCCACCACCACCAGGCUCACCUCCACGCCGACCAACAGCUACCUCCCCUACAACGCCCAGACCAAUAGCGACGAGACUUUCCGCAACGAAAACAACGACGAGAAGUACUACAACAACGACAGGUACUACGGCCAGAGCGGGUACAACGGCGACAACAACAACAACGACGACGAGUUCGAGGACGAGGAUUUCGGAGAGACGACGAGCCUGCAACAGCAGGACAACACCGGUUACAAGACGACCGUCGCUAAAGGGUACAACUACAACAACAACAACGGAGCUGAGAGGCAGGGGAUGAGCGACACGAGGUUCAUGGAAGGAGGGAAGUACUACGUGGACAUCAACAACCCGAAUCAGUACCAGCAAGGGAUGAGCAGCAGCAGCAGCAGCGAUGAUUUCAGCUACGGCAACAACAAUGUGAAGAAUCAGAAUGGUUACUUUAGCAACGGGAACAAUGGCGACGAGUAUGCCAAUCCCAUGAACAACAGGAACCAGCAGCAGCAGCAGCAAGAGGCAGAGUACUUCCAGGGGAACAACUACCAGAACCAGCAGUACGUUCCUUGAUUAUUAUUAGAGUAAUUAAUGGGUUCUGGAGGGUUUUAAUUAAGUUAAUUAAGUUGUUCAUUAGUAAGCUUGAGGAGACCAAAUUACUACCAAGUUAGUUACUAAGAAAGAAUGAAGCUGAAAUGCUGAAUACAUAUAAAUAUGGAGAUCUUGUUUUGUUGUUGGAUUGUGGUGUAGGAUCCCUUGUGUCUUAUAUUGUUAUUUCCCUUAUGUACCAUGGAACUAGUAUGUUUCUGUUUGAAGAAUUCGUGUUAUUAGUUAUCUACGUUAUCGAUCGUUCGAACUUCGAACCCAACAUCUUAAAAUUACGACACUAUUGUACGUGGUACUAUGUAACAUUUUCUGAAAGACAGAGUGGGGGUGGAGCUCAGUUACUCAAUUGCAG